CACACAGCUGAUCAGCAGAAUUAAAAACCCCACGACCGACACUGUGUGAUGUUAGUGGACAAGGAGCAGCUGGAAACACCACACAGCUGACUGGAAGAAAGUGCAGGAUGGCACAUUUAGAACUGCGUGCAUACCAGCAGGAAGUGGUUGAAAGGGCUCUUAAGAGAGAAAACAUAAUCAUCUGGCUGCCGACGGGAGGUGGAAAGACCCGUGCUGCCGUGUAUGUGGCCAAAAGACACCUGGAGACAACGCCAAGGGCUAAGGUGGUGGUCCUGGUAAACAAGGUUCACCUUGUAGACCAACAUUACAACAACGAGUUCAAGCCUCAUCUGGGCCAUGACUACACCCUGGUGGCAGUCAGUGGGGAGAGUAAGGAGAAGGACUUCUUUGGGCCCGUGGUGAAGAAAUCCGACGUGGUCAUCUGCACAGCACAGAUCUUGUACAAUUCUCUGACUGACAUGGAGGACACCAAACAUGUUGAGUUCUCAGAUAUUACUCUACUGAUAAUCGAUGAGUGUCACCACACCCACAAGGACUCAGCCUACAACAAGGUGAUGGCCUGCUACGUGGAAAAAAAGUUGAAAGGAGAACAAUUAUUGCCACAGAUCUUGGGUCUCACUGCCUCACCGGGAACAGGGGGCGCAAAGAUCCUGGAAAAGGCUGUGGAUCAUGUACUGCAGAUUUGUGCCAACCUGGACUCCGCCAUAGUUUCAGCUAAAAACUAUGUCUCAGAGCUGAAGCAGAACGUGCCAAGACCCGUCAAGAAGUUUAACAUUGUGGACAAAAGGCCUGAGGAUCCAUUCGGGGAUCAUCUUAAGUGCAUGAUGCAGAUGAUCCAUGAGUACAUGAACGUUCCUCCAGACUUCAAACUGAGAGAGUGUGGCACACAAGACUAUGAGGCAGACGUGGUGAUACUAGAGCAGCUAGGAGUAAAACAGAACAGCAGAGUGCUAGCACAAUGUGCACUCCACCUCAGACAGUACAACGAUGCCCUGCUCAUCAAUGACACCCUGCGAAUGAUGGAUGCUUACCGCUCCCUAGAGGGGUUCUACAACAACAAGUUCACCUCAGCGAUUGAUGGAACAGACUUCUUCCUGGUGGGACUUUUCCAAGAGAACCAAGUGGAGCUGCAGAAACUGGCAAGAGAUCUUCGCUAUGAGAACCCAAAGAUGGGAGAACUUGAGAGCACUCUGCUAAAACAGUUUGGUCCAAGUGCGGAGUCAAAGGGAAUCCUCUUCAGUAAAACACGUAAAAGCAUCCAUUGCCUAAAUGACUGGGUCGUCAACAAUAAAGUCUUGCAGGGAGCUGGCAUCAAGGCAGCCAUCCUCACCGGAGCUGGCAAUGGUACCACUUACAUGACGCAGAACGAGCAGGCGGACACGAUCCGCAAUUUCCGUAAAGGUACUGUCAACCUCCUGAUCUCCACCAGUGUGGCUGAAGAAGGCCUUGACAUCCCCGAAUGCAACCUGGUGGUACGCUAUGGGCUGCUUACAAAUGAGAUUGCCCAGCAGCAGGCCAGCGGACGUGCCAGAGCAAAAGACAGCCAGUAUUCAGUGGUCGCCGAGAAAGGGGGACGGGAAGUGAAGCGGGAGCUCACCAAUGAAUAUCUGGAGGAGCUGACUGGAAAAGCCAUCGCUAAGGUCCAAGACAUGAGCUUCCAAGAGUUUCGCAAAAAGAUUGCUGAGCUGCAAAGGGAGGCAGUCAUUUGCAGGAAACUUUUAGAGAAACGCAAAAUAGAGAAGAGGAGUCGCAACACUGCCGCUAGCGUCCAGCUCUUGUGCCGGAACUGUUUCAAGCCUGUGGCCUCUGGCAGUGAUAUUAGACUUCUUGACAAUGUGCACUUUGUCAAUGUCAAUCUUGACUUUAAGAAACACUACAAAGUUGGAGGGCAGGUGAUGCUAGGAAAGAGUUUUGAGGACUGGGAGCCCGGGCGUAGGAUCAGUUGUAGCAACUGUGACAAGGAGUGGGGAUUUGAGAUGAAGUACAAGGAGGUUGCCCUGCUGCCCAAUCUGGCCAUUAAGGACUUAGCCCUGGAAACCCCUGAAGGCAGGAAGAUGGUGAAGAAGUGGAAAGAUGUCCCAUUCACUGUCGAGGACUUCAGCUUUGAAGAGUACUGCCAAGACCACUAUCCUGACCUCCUUGAUUGAGGCACCAGCAAGAGAGCUCUGUGUGGGUUUUCCCCUACUUCACAUAUACAUUUUUAUCUUCCAUCUGUGUUAGAUUGCCUGUGCUUUUUUAGCGAGCGCGUCAUUGUAUUGUUAAGAUGCUUAUAUACAAACACAGGCUUUUUAACAAUGCUCUACUCACAUGCUUGCAUUAAUUUGUGCUGCCGGGACAGUGAGGCAGCAGUGUACUAAAACCCGUUAUGCAUCGGUCAUGCUUGAAAUUAGCAUGACUGCUUUGUUUAUGCCCAGGGUCCUAACUCCCUGUGCAUGUUUUUGUGCUUAUUUCCUCCGCUUCAUGCCAAGUCAAGCACAGAAACAAAGCACACAAUGAACUCCGCUGUCACAUGAACCUCAACCAUCAUGAACACUUGAGAUGUCAUUAAGAAGAUGAACUCUCUUUUAGCUAUUUUAAGAAGUUUUAUUAGGAACUUCCUUUUCACAGUAUGCAUGUAAUUACGUGUGUCUGUGGUAUGUGGAUAUUGUGUAUGUGGAUAUUGUGUACGUACUGAUAAUCUCCAGUAUUUUAUGUAAAAUUAUUCAAGUGUUUUACAGGAAAAAAGACACUUUUAGAUGAUUUUAUUUUGUUGCUGAAUACUAUAAAAAAUGAUGGACAAUAUAAAUACAUUUUAACUAAAGAGAUGAAAUUUGAAUAAACAUUCCUCUUGAAAUGUCA